UCAAUCAAAUCUAAUAACAAAUUUCAGUUGUUGUUGCUUUUUGUUGGUACAUCAAAGUCAAUAUCUCGAAACUCGAAAACGCGAUUCCCGGCCAGAAUUGCCAAAGCAAUAGCCUAUCCACACCCACUGCCACCCACUCAAAAGCAACAACAACACUAAAAGCAACAAAGACAACAACCGCAACGAGAGAGUAACAAAUUAAAUUUGGUUUUAGCCAUAAAAAAAGCAGCAAACAAGAGGCCAGAGAGAAAGAGGAAGCCCUGAGACAAGAGUGGAGCAGCCGAGUAGCAGAGGAGCGAAGAGCAGGGAGCAGAGAGCAGAAGAGCAGCAACAGCAGGAGCAUCCAUCAGCAAGUGGCAGCCCCAAAAGAAGCCGUUUCAAGCAGCCCAUCAAAAUCCGUUACCGUUCCGUACGACGCGACGCGACGCUCGUUCCGUGGGGGAAACCAGCAACAAAGUCAGAGACAACACAAAUAUGUCGAGCGAUUCGAGUCGGCGUAUCCAGGUGCCCGAGGAGCUGAAGGAGGUCCUCUUGCAGUUCUCCAUUGCGUAUCUGGUGGAGCAGCCCCCGGAUGUGAUCGACUAUGCCGCCGACUAUUUCAACAAGCUGCAGGCCAAUCGUCCGGCCCCAGUCAACCAGGAUCACAGUCAGGAUGAUCAGCAGAGCCUCAACUCCCAGGAUGGAGAAGAGCCACCAGUUAUGCAAAACUCACGCCGCAAAUCAGUCUUCGCCGAGGCCUACGAUCCGGAGGCGGAUGAUGAUGAUGAGGGAGCCACUGCCAUAUUCCCAAAAACAGAUGAACAGCGUUCCCGUCUGGUGGAGUCGGUGAAAAAUGUUCUCCUCUUCCGUUCGCUCGAAAAGGAACAGAUGAACCAAGUCCUGGAUGCGAUGUUCGAGAGGAAGGUUCAGCCGGGCGAUUAUAUCAUACGCCAGGGCGACGAUGGCGAUAACUUUUAUGUUAUUGAAUCGGGCAUCUACAAAGUCUAUAUUAAUGACAAGCACAUUAACACCUAUAAUCACACUGGACUUUUCGGCGAAUUAGCGCUGCUCUACAAUAUGCCCAGAGCGGCCACCGUGCAGGCGGAAACCAAUGGUCUGCUCUGGGCCAUGGACCGUCAGACCUUCCGACGCAUUCUCCUGAAGUCCGCCUUCAAGAAGCGAAAAAUGUAUGAGGAGUUGUUGAACAACGUGCCCAUGCUCAAGGCCUUGCAGAACUAUGAACGCAUGAAUCUGGCUGAUGCAUUGAUCACAAAGAGCUUCGAAUCCGGCGAACGGAUCAUCAAGCAGGGUGACGCUGCCGACGGCAUGUACUUCAUUGAGGAGGGCACCGUGUCCGUGCGCAUGGAUCAAGACGAUGCCGAGGUGGAGAUAUCGCAGCUGGGCAAGGGCCAGUACUUUGGUGAACUGGCGCUGGUGACACAUCGGCCACGUGCCGCUUCCGUUUACGCCACGGGUGGCCAUGUCCGGCUUGCAUUCCUGGAUGUCAGGGCAUUCGAGCGUUUGCUGGGACCGUGCAUGGACAUCAUGAAGCGCAACAUUGAUGACUACGAGUCACAGCUGGUGAAGAUAUUUGGUAGCAAAAACAAUAUCACCGAUACACGAUAAAAAGUCUGAACCACCAAUAAUGCAAUCAAACAACCAGCCACCAUUACCAACUAUAGCUACGACUAAAACAACAACAAUAGCAACAGCAACAGCAACAACAACAACAACAAAACCUACGAAGAACAACAAUUGCAGGCUUCUUAGGAUUUUAAUUAGGAUUUCAAUUGAAAACAAAUAUGAGCAAUACCACUCCACAACACACCACAGGAACAGACAAGAAACAAGCAAGAAAAACCAAUCAACAAACCACAAACAAAGCACAAAUACCAAACAAACACCCACACGCAAGGACACAAAAAUCAUUAAAUCUUAAUCGUGAAUAUUUAAUUGAUAAUUGAAAUUAAUCUAUAAUAAUAUGCUAAAGAUAAAGAUAAAGAUACAAGUCAAUGAUGAUGAUGAUGAUGAUGAUGAUGAUGAUGAUGAUGGAUACGAUGUUGAUCAUGUUGAGAUGCUUUGCAAUGUUUCAAGAUUAUGAAAUGAGAUAUCAAACAAGUUAAGAAUUGUAUUGUAUGUACGAGUAUUUAGCAAUUGUAAUUUGUAAUGUAAUUUGUAUUCAAUUGAGCGUUAAACGGGCUCGGAUUCAAGCCACCACAAGAGAGGACAGCAUUAGCAAACGAUUGGCGGCUGUUCUACGGAAGCAAUCUACUGUUAAAUCUACUUAUUUAAGUUUUGUUUAUUCAUAUAUUUUUAUUUGUUAUCCAUUGAUUUAUACAUUAUUUAGUCAUAGCGCACAUAUUCUUUCCUUGGCUGCUAACUAAUUGAUAAGCGAAAAGCAAAUAUAUAUCAACUAUAAGAGCAAAUUGAACACACACACAUCAAGCAACAAGUUUAUAUCAGCAGAUCGAAAGAGUAUAAAUGCUAAACACAUAUAUGUACUGCAUAGUACAAUCUAACUUAUUUAACUUUGAAAAAUCAAUCAAUGUAUGUACUAGUCUAUACGUCGAGCAGCUGAGUGUUUCAGACCCCGAGAGAAGCAAAAUAUAGAGGAACUGAGUAAAACUCCCAAUCAACUGAACGGAAAAACGCA